CCAGUCGCCCGCCAUCGCCCCUGCGUGGCUCCAACGCGCCCAGCGCCCUGCGCUCCCUCGAGAACCCCGGCCGCCUGGCACCCACUUGCUGGCAGGCAGCCAUGACCACCACCACGGCGCCCGUGGUUACCAGCCCCCGCACGGGCGUGCGGCUCAGGAGCGUGCCAACUAACAAGAACACCGAGUGGCUCAACCAGAAGGCCGCCUGGUGCUUCUACAUCAUCCUCAUAGUGUUGUGCUGGCUGGUGCUGGCCUCCUGGACCGACCCCGGCAUGGCCUGGACCUAUGUGCACCUGGGCCACGGCGCCAUCACCUACUUCCUGCUGCACUGGAACAAGGGCUCCCCCAUCCAGGACGACCAGGGCAUCUACGACAACCUCACGUUCUGGGAGCAGAUUGACGACGGCGUGCAGGGCACCGCCACCCGCAAGUUCUUCACCGUGGUGCCCGUGGUGCUCUUCCUGCUGGCCUCGCACGGCGCCGACUUCCGUCGCCAGCCGCUGGGCCUCAACCUGCUGGUGGUGGUGGUGCUGACGAUAGCCAAGAUGAGCGGCAUGCACAAAGUGCGGAUCUUCGGCAUCAACAGGGACUGAGGCGGAGCAGCAGCUGAUGCGGGCAACUGUGGCAGCUCGCCCUGGUGCUGAUCGCCCAGCUACCUGCCAGCUGCCCCCUCGACUCUUUUCCACCGGUCUUAGCGACAGAAAGCCGCAACGGCACUUUUUGGGGCGCACCAACCGCCCACCCGGCGCCCGUGUACCCGCCAUCCACCGUGUAUUCAGCAGACCCGUCCUCUGGCCCACACCUUUCCCGCCACAGCACCGCUGCUCGAACUGCUUGCGCCCUCUCCUUCCAGCUUACCAUUCUGCAGCUAGUUGCUCCCAUUCGCACCCCAUGACUUAUGCCGACCAAGCGCCGACCGUUUUCCUUGCCUUUGCCUGUGACCUGUGACCGACGACCAUGAAGCGUGCAUGUCUGCCGCCCGCCCGGUGCCCAAACUCAAAACCACCAGCUUCCCGCUCCCGCUCCCCGCUUUUUGUUUCCGUCCCACCGUCUAUCCUCUUCUUUUUCUCAGCGCACCCAUCAGAGUGGCCAGUAGCACAUUGCUCUGCAUCUUCUAUGCCCAUGCAUGCCUCGGAACAUAUGCCUCAAUGUAAGAACGCCC